AUGGUCGUGAUAGGGGGCGGCUACAUCGGCCUCGAGAUGGGCAGCGUCUACCAGAGGCUGGGAGCCAAGGUCACUGUUGUUGAGUUUAUGGACAACAUUGUCCCCACCAUGGACGGUGAGAUCCGGCGCCAGUUCCAGCGCUCCCUCCAGAAGCAAGGCAUCACCUUCAAGCUCGGCACCAAGGUGAACAGUGCGCGCCGUGAGGGCGACAAGGUGGUGCUGGAGGUGGAGCCUGCCAAGGGGGGCGCCAAGGAGACCAUCGAGGUGGACGUCGUCCUAGUCAGCGCGGGCCGCCGCCCCUUCACCCAGAAUCUAGGCCUGGAGAAUGUGGGCAUCGCCACUGACAAGCGCGGGCGCAUCGAGGUGGACGACCACUUUAGGACCAAGGUGCCCUCAAUCUACGCCAUUGGUGACGUCAUCCCGGGUCCCAUGCUGGCCCACAAGGCCGAGGAGGACGGGGUGGCGGCCGUUGAGAUCAUCAGCGGCAAGCCCGGCCACGUCAACUACAACACGGUGCCCUCCAUCGUCUACACACACCCAGAGGUGGCGAGUGUGGGCUUGACAGAGGAGGAGGCGAAGGCCAAGGGGCUCGAGAUCAAGACGGGCAAGUUCAGCUUCAUGGCCAACAGCAGGGCGCGCGCCAACCAGGACAGCGAGGGCAUGUGCAAGCGCUAG